GGCGGCGGCUACGCCCCGCAUCAUGGAGGGCAGCCCAGCCCUAUCCCCAGUCCGGGUGGACACCGACCUUCGCCGCCGCCCGCGCCCCGCCCGCCAGCUCCCGCUGCUGCUCUCCGGGCGCCGUCCCCUCCUCACCUCGAAGCCAACAUGAAGGAGACCCGGGGCGACGGGAGCGCCCCUUUCUGUACCCGCCUCAACUACUCUUACCCGGGCAUGUGGUCGCCCGAGCUCUCCGCCGCGGCGCAGGGCAACCUCACGGGUUCCCGGGACCCCCGCGAGGACUGCGGCUCCGUGUCGGUAGCCUUCCCGAUCACCAUGUUGAUCACCGGCUUCGUGGGCAACGCGCUGGCCAUGCUGCUCGUGUCGCGGAGCUACCGGCGGCGGGAGAGCAAGCGCAAGAAGUCGUUCCUGCUGUGCAUCGGCUGGCUGGCGCUCACAGACCUGGUCGGACAACUGCUCACCAGCCCGGUGGUCAUCGUCGUGUACCUGUCCAAGCAGCGCUGGGAGCAUCUCGACCCGUCGGGGAGGCUCUGCACCUUCUUCGGUCUGACCAUGACCGUCUUUGGGCUCUCCUCGCUCUUCAUCGCCAGCGCCAUGGCCGUCGAGCGGGCGCUGGCCAUCCGGGCGCCGCACUGGUACGCGAGCCACAUGAAGACGCGCGCCACCCGCGCGGUGCUGCUCGGCGUGUGGCUGGCGGUGCUCGCCUUCGCCCUGUUGCCGGUGCUGGGCGUAGGCCAGUACACCAUCCAGUGGCCCGGGACAUGGUGCUUCAUUAGCACCAGGGAAGGAGGCAACGGGACUAGCACGUCGCACAACUGGGGCAACCUCUUCUUCGCCUCCACCUUUGCCUUCCUGGGGCUCUCGGCGCUGGCCGUCACCUUCGCUUGUAACCUGGCCACCAUUAAGGCCCUGGUGUCCCGCUGCCGGGCCAAGGCCACCGCGUCGCAGUCCGGCGCCCAGUGGGGCCGGAUCACCACCGAGACAGCCAUCCAGCUCAUGGGGAUCAUGUGCGUGCUGUUGGUCUGCUGGUCGCCGUUGCUGAUAAUGAUGUUGAAAAUGAUCUUCAAUCAGACAUCGGUUGAGCACUGCAAGACUCACACUGAAAAGCUGAAAGAAUGCAACUUCUUCUUAAUAGCUGUGCGCCUGGCCUCACUGAACCAGAUCUUGGAUCCCUGGGUUUAUCUGCUGCUAAGAAAGAUCCUUCUUCGAAAGUUUUGUCAGAUCAGACACCACACAAACAACUAUGCAUCCAGUUCCACCUCCUUACCCCACCAGUGCUCCUCAACCUUGAUGUGGAGUGACCAGUUGGAAAGAUGAAAGAACGGAGCUGAAUUUUUAUUGAAAUUCCUGCUUGCCUGAGUUUAUGUAUUUCCUCCCACCUGAGAAGGAGAAUUUAUGUUUGAUUUGGAUUAUUUCUUCAUUUUCAUCUUUAAAAAAAAUUUAGUAUUUCUUCUUGUCAGUAAUACCCACUGAAACCAGGUUUAUUAUCAUGCUUUGUGUCUCUGAGUGUCAAAUUGUUUUCUGGGACUGGGUUUUGAGUACAUAUUAAGAAGUUAGGCAUGAUUUCACAGAUAAUGAUUGGUGAAAAGUGUGAAAAAGAAAAACCCAUUUUCCGAGAGUUUUCCUCCGACUUCAAACCUUUGCCUGAAUCUCAACCAGUGCGGACAUCUUUACAUUUUAUGGUAGUCUUGAUCUUAUAACGAGUUUGAAAAAAAAAUCAAUAUAAGCUUUCAACAAUGAAAAGUCAACAUUUUGAAAUCAAGAAUUCAAUGAAUAGGACAUAAACUUAAAUGAGAUAGAAAAGGGUUCCCAGAUGGAGGCAGGAGGGUGCCAUGAUAAAUGAUAUUUAUGCCAAAUGUGUGAUGAAUGUAUUGGAGAUACUGUGUCCCUCUGGGCUAAGCUUGGAACUAAGCAUCUCUAGGUCUGUGUUCUGGUUAUGUGUCGCAGUCUACUGGCAAUCAACAUAAGGGUUAUGUGUCUUUGAAGACUGAAAAGAGUGGAUGCAGCUAAGAGCUUUCCUGAAAUGUCACAGGAAACAAUACUGAGGCUACAUGAUUAACUGUUGUGUUAGAGCAGUAAAAAAAUCCAGGCACAGCCUUCUGAUUUAUCACUAUCUGUUCAGGAUUUCUUAAAAUUUCUUCCCAGGUGUCACACAAAAAGGCAAAACUAAUAAGUGACAUAGUAAUUCAAUAGCAAAUUUUGUUACAUUUUAUAUAAAGGAAACUAUGUCAUCUGAAUUGAAAUGAGAAAUUCUAUGAACUUUUAACAAAUACUUUUGAGUCAUUGGAUGUCUUUCAGCUAAUGUCCUUAGCUGUUUGUAAAUUCAACCAAUCUUUCUUUCUCUUGCCUUUCUUCCCACCUCCGCACCUUCCUCCUUCCUUUUCCUCUUAUCAUUCACUUAAUGCAACACGUAUUUAUUGAGUGUCCUUCUUUAGGCACUGUGCUAAGGGCCAUGCUGUGACCUACAAGGACAUCUUAGGAAGACAUGAUAAUAUGGUACCAGUAGUUUUGCCAUAGAAGCCCAUACUAUGAUUCCACUGUCAUCUCUGUCAACUAGAUUAAACCAAAACAGUGAGUCAUUCCUUUAAGUAGUUGAAUCAGUUGUGGAUUAGCUGGAAAAUUAUAUUCAUUCGAACUUGUAUUUUAAAUGGCUUUAUGUAACUCACACAAAGAUGAUGUAUAUAAUCCCUUUAUUCAGUUUUAAAUUCAAUGAACUUUUUGAGCAACCAGAAUUUGCCAAUAAUCAUAAGAAUGUCCAUACUUCUGUUACCACUAUCUAUCAUCCAUCUAUGUGGUUGUCUAGUUGUCAUAUAUUUAUUAUUUUAUUUUUACAAAAGAAGCCCAAGUCUACAGAGGGCUUGCCCAGUGUCACAUGGCUAAUAUAAGAAUUCAGAUCCAUUGUCAGUUCUUUGAUUCCAGGUUUAUUGUUCUUCCUACACUACAGUGGGGAUGUGAGAUCUGCCUCAAUGAUAUUCCAUUUAUAAGACGAUGUGAUAUGGUAAUAAAAGCAUGGGUUUUGGAAUGAAACCUGGAUUUAAAUCUGGCUGUCCACUUACUAGCUCCUUGACCUUGAGAAAUCUGAUUAAUUUCAUCAAAUCUCAAUGAAUUAAUCAAUAAAUUAAAGAUAAUAAUACUUACUUGUGGGGUUAUUGCAAUAAUGCAUGUAAAGUGAGUCUAACACAGUAGAUGCUCAAUAAGUACUAACUGCAAUUAAUUCUUUAUCUAGACUUAUCUCCAGCUAUAUAAUAUGAGUUCUCAAUUUCAACUAUAAUCUGGCUUCCUGAUUGUAUAGGUUUACAUGUCAUGGACAGAAUCACCUUCAAAUCUCUUGAUGCUAUUCUUGUUUAUAAUAUUUCAUGAUUACUUUUUCCCAGGCAAAACCUACCCAUCUCCCACAUGUGCAAAUUUCAUCUUGUCUUUGGGUCUUGAACAAUUAAAGGAUCUUUUUUUCUCUCCUUACCUUUAUCCAACUCUGAAGUUACAUAGUGCUCAUUUUGAUGAUUAUUGUAUUAUUCUUCAAAUAUUUUCAUUACGUAUUUUUUCCCCUUAACAAAAAUUCUAUUUCUUGGUGGGCAGAACCCUUUUCUAAUAUUUUCCUCAUAAGUCUCUUAGCACUGGUGCAGUAUUUGACCCCAAGAAAGAUGCUCCUUAUUUGGUAAAUUCUCACUGAAGGUAAAAUUUAUGUACAAUAUUAGCAGUUGCCAAUUUAAAUGAAUGUGAUAGAAAGUCUUUCAUUUCUAUGUUGCUAUUCAACUUGGAAAAUUUUAUGUUAAACUUCCCUGAUUUAAAAAUGCUAA